UUGUUAAUAUAUGAAAAACAUGAAAAAAAUAGUGCACGCUUACCGUGCAUUAUCAUUACCCAGUUUAUUUAAUUUUUACCUACCUACGCGGGUCAGAAACGCUUCAUUCAUACGCAAAUUCGUGGCGAAUUAUACAAAAAAACAUUUUCAAAGAUAUUUUUCUUCAAUGCUUAUAAAUGAUCCUAAAUAUAGCUGGCUAAGUGAUUUAGAUAUAAAGGAGGAAAAUUAUGGCGGAUUUAGUGGUAAAUGGCUUGCUCAUGGUCAGAAAGUCAUAUCUUUUUGUCCAUUCAAUGGCAAACCAAUUGCGAGUACUAUUGAAACCACAAUUGAUGAUUAUAAUCAAAUUGUUGAUUCAUGUUAUAAUGCUGGAAAAAUAUGGAUUACCAGCUCCAAUUCGUGGUGAUAUAAUUAGACAAAUAGGUAAUGCCUUACGUUUAAAAAAAGAUUACUUAGGAAAUCUUAUAACCUUAGAAAUGGGAAAAAUAAAAACUGAAAGUUUAGGUGAGGUUCAAGAAUUUAUUGAUAUUUGUGAUUAUGCAGUUGGCCUUAGCCGCAUGCUCAAUGGAAAAAUAAUUCCAUCAGAAAGACCCAAUCAUACAAUACUAGAAACAUGGAACCCACUGGGUUGUAUUGGAAUAAUAUCGGCCUUCAAUUUUCCUAUGGCAGUAUAUGGUUGGAAUGCCGCUAUAGCCUUAGUCUGUGGUAACUCGAUGGUUUGGAAAGGAUCCCCAACUACUAAUUUAGUGUCGAUAGCCACCAUAAAGAUUAUAUCUAAGAUUCUCGAAAAAAAUAAUCUUCCUCCUCAAAUUUGUGGUUUGGUCUCUGGAGGAGCCGAUAUAGGUUAUGCUAUAGCCCAAGAUGAAAAAUUGUCACUCGUUUCCUUCACUGGCAGUACAAACAGUGGCAAGAAGGUAGGCUUAGCUGUUCAAGAAAGAUUUGGAAAAACGAUCUUAGAAUUAGGCGGGAAUAAUGCCAUAAUAGUAUUAGAAGAUGCGGAUCUUGAACUAGCUGUUCCCUCCAUUUUAUUUGCAGGCGUUGGAACUUCAGGCCAGAGAUGUACCACAGUUAGAAGAUUAUUCAUCCAUUCCGAUGUUUAUGACCAAACAUUAAAAAGACUCGUAUCAGCUUAUACUCAAAUUUCAAAGAGAGUUGGUCGAAGUGCUGAAGAUUAUCUCGAUGUUUCAAUCGGCGCUAACGUUUUGUACAGUCCAUUGCAUUGCGAAAAGUCAGUCCAAUUAUACGAGCAAGCGAUUGAGGCCAUUAAACAAGCCGGAGGUCAUGUGGAGUAUGGUGGUCGAGUUAUGAAAGAAUUGCCGGGGUUUUUCGUCGAACCUACAAUUAUCUCGGGACUAAACCCGGAUUGUGAAUUAGUGCAGAAAGAAACAUUUGUACCCAUUCUUUACGUCAUCAAAAUAAAUAAUUUAGCGGAAGGAAUUAUUUAUAACAACAAAGUAAAGCAAGGGUUAUCUAGCAGCCUCUUUACUAAAAACCUUAAAAAUCUGUUCCAAUGGAUCGGCGAAAACGGUUCAGAUUGCGGAUUAAUAAAUGUAAAUAUUCCUACUAGUGGAGCCGAGAUCGGGGGAGCUUUUGGUGGUGAGAAGCACACUGGUGGUGGUCGAGAAUCUGGAAGCGAUUCUUGGCAACAAUACAUGAGAAAAGGGACGUGUACGAUUAACUAUGGCAGUGAAUUACCAUUGGCGCAAGGAAUCAAAUUUUCAUAAUCUUUGUUUUUAUUCUGUUAUAUAAUCAAUAUAUGUCCCUUUAAAGUCUAGCCUUUUUAAAUGAGUAUUUUUUUAUAAAUUCUUUAUUUACAUGCUCCUUAGAUAAAAAAAAUAAUAACACCAAUUGGCAAUCACUCUGCGCAAAAAUGCAAUAUAAUAUUGUUAGGAAUAAAAAUGCUUAACAUUAUAAUAAAUAUUGUCAAAUUCUAUAUCCAAUUAAUUUGUAAUGGAAAGGUACAAUAUAAAACUAAAACGUUUAUAAUAUGGUCAAAA